AUGCUAACGCAGGCGUUCAUUUUUGGCCUAAAAGAAGCGAGGGAAAGAUCAUUAUUACCAGAAGGAUUCUCACUAGGAUACGAAAUACGAGACACGUGUAACUUAGUUCCUAUUGCGCAACAACAUGUAACAAGUAUCGUCUUGGAAAGACAUGGUUAUAAAAAAGAUGUCAAAAUUUGCUCUAGUUUAGCUAAGAAAACAGACGAAAAACGUCUGAGUGGCAAUGUUAUCGCUGUUCUGGGUGCAGGAAAUAGUGAAAUUUCGAUUGCAAUAAACAGAGUUCUCAGUGCAUUUCAAAUUCCUCAGAUAGGAUUUGCAUCUACAUCAAGUUAUCUCAGCGAAAAAAUGCGAUUUUCCUCAUUUUUUCGAACAGUCCCUCCUGAUACCAAUCAGGUCAGCGGGCUUUUGGCUUUACUCAAAAAACUUUCUUGGAAUUAUGUUGGAAUUUUGUUUUCGAGUGGUGAUUAUGGAAGAGCAUUAGUCGAGUCAUUCAAAUCGUUAGGAAAAACAGAGGGAAUUUGCAUUGCGUACGAUUACUCAGUUCCAUAUUCUGUGACUUUGGAUGCAGCAAAGGGUAUUGUAAAAGAAAUAAAGAGAAGGGUUGAUGUUGAAAUUUUGAUAAUAUUUGUGCCAGAGAUUGAUGUAAAGAUUUUGUUAUCAGCCAUGCUUGAUGUUGGGUUAGCAAACAAAACUCUUAUUGCAAGCGAUUCAUGGUCCAAGGCAAUUAAGAAUAAGACUCUUUCAAAAAUUGUUUCUGGAACUUUGGGACUAGCCCAUCACUAUACACCGGUAAAAAAGUUUGAAGAUCAUUUCCUUCAUUUAAAGCCAACCAAUAACACCUGGAAUAUAUGGUUUAAUGAAACUUGGGAAUAUUUGUUUGAUUGCAAAUUAUCUCCAUCAGAAUCUAUUAGGAACGUUAACACAGUUAGAAACAAAACUAAUUGCAAUAUAAAAAGUCAAAAACUGAAAAGAGAACAAUUUUCUCGAUUCCAUUAUGUAAGCAACGUUAUAAACGGAGUUUUUGCUAUAGCAGCUGGAAUAACAAAAAGCUUAAACAAUAAAAGAAACGCUGGUGUUUCAGUCACUUCCAGAGAAUUGUUAAAGUCAUUAGAAGAGAUCACGUUCCAGAAAUACAACGGUCAAUAUGUAAAGUUUGAUAAAAAGGGUAAUGUUGGUGGUAAGUACAACUUAGUUAAUAUUUAUUCCGAUUUAACUCCACGUCAUGUAGGAAUCUGGAAUGGAUCUAGUUUGGAGCUUAAUGAGAAAGAAAUUCAAUGGCACAGUGGUCUGUUUCCUCCAAAAGGCGUGUGUUCCAUUUUAUGUCUUCCAGGAGAGUAUCAAGUUGCAUCUAAGAAAGAUCCUCAAUGCUGUUGGAACUGUCAACGCUGUCCUCCUGGAACAAUAACUAAUCGACCAAAUGCAACAACGUGCACUCCUUGUUCUGAACAUUAUGUAACAAAUAGCCAGCAAAGUGGUUGUGUUUACAUACCAUUGAGUUAUCUCGACUGGGGGGAUUUUUGGACAAUUUCAAUCAUAAUCUUAGCGUCUGUAUCAAUAAUCAUCCUUUUGUUCUUCUUGAUAGUUUUUAUACAUUUUUUAAACACACCUGUUGUGAAAUCAGCUAAUCGCGAAUUAAGUCUGCUUCUACUUGUUGGAUUAUCUUGGACUUUUAUUGCUCCCUUUGCAUUUGCUGGCAAACCUUCAAAAUUUAAAUGCAUCAUAAGCCAAGUGGUUUUUUGCCUCGGAUGCGCACUCGCACUCUCCGCCAUGUUAUUCAAGACUCUACGAAUUGUGCUGCUGUUUACUUUGUCCUAUAGAGGAUGCUGGCUCCUAAAGAACAAAUAUCAAAUUGCUAUGACAAUUACGUUCACACUGUGUGAACUUGUAUAUUGCCUGUUGUGGAUUGCAGUUGACCCUCCUGGUAUUAAAAUCCUUUCUUUAAAGCUGACGAAACGGUACAUUGUAUGCAACUUUAAUAAAUAUUGGUAUGGUGGAUCACAUAUUCUUCUCAUCUUUCUCAGUAUCAUGUGUACGGUAUUUGCUGUUAAGGGUAGAAAAUUACCAAAAAAUUUCAAUGAAGUUCGACAUAUUGGACUAAGCAUGUUUACCUUCAAUAUCGUCUGGGUGGUAUUUAUGUGCGCGCAAUACGGAGCUUCAUUGGACUACGAUGUAAAAAUAAAUUGUUUGGCAAUGAUCAUAUCCAGUCUUAUGAUCUUGGUUCUUUUGUUUGGUCCUAAAGUGCAUAUCUUGUUGUUUCGUUCACACUUAAACAAAAAAGAAGAAUUUCAAAAUGAGAUACGCAGGUAUUCUUUCGGAAUUUCCAAUGGUAUCAAUUCCACUUCAGCAGCGGCAGCUUCCUUUCAACUUGGUUCUUUACUCAGUGAUCUUUGCGCUACAAGCGCACCAAACAGCCAAUUUUCUGCUGCUCAUAAUUCAAGCAACAAAAAUCAAUGUCGAUCUCAUAGUUUUGAUGUCACGUCUACACAGAGAAAUUUUCGGCAUCAUUUAUUCACUCAAGAAAAAGAAACACAAACUGAGCCUUUUAAUGAAUCUUCUCAAAGAGAUGUAAUAAAUUUGACUAAAAAGAGAGAUGAAAAAACUAGAAACACCAACGAAUCAAAUUCAAAGGACCUUGAAAAGUCCAGCCAAGCUAAUUCUCAGGAUGAAUGUGUUUGCUUAUUGAAUGAGGAAGACAAACUUUUUAAUGGCAAUGAAAACAAUGGAUCGUAUCAGUCAUCCAAAUCUUCCUUUAAUGAAAGCAAAGAUUUUUCAUUCGGUCACGUGAAAUCAGUUGAUAAGGAGAGACAUUUCAAGCAUUCAUGUGAGUUACCGAUGAAUGAAACACACUCUCUUCCAGAUAUUGAAAAAAACACGAAGUUAAAUUGGGAUGAUGGCGAUUGCAAUUUAGAUAUAAAUUUAAGCAAUUUUUGCAAAGAUGGGCAUAUUAAAGAGACUGUUUUGUAAGAAAGCUCAUCCUAAUCAUCCAUUUUACAGUCCAGUUAAAUAGCUAAAUUUAUAUGUCAAUCUAACUAUAAAUACAUUUAGACCACCUUCAAUACAAACAAUGAAAAAGGUACCUACAAAGUUAUAGAGUAUAGCUACUAAACGUGCAUUGGAUUUCCUUUCAUCUUUAUUUAAUCAUUUUUUUCUCCUGUCGCACGGUAUUCAAAAGAUUAUAAAUAAUUGUUAUUUAGUGUGUGAAUAUAUAAAGUUGAAAAGGAAAAGCUAAAUAGUUCUUAUUUUGUAAAUAUCUUACUUUCAUUGGUUACGAAUCGAGUAAAAGCAUAAAAUAAAAGAAGAUAGUAUCAA